AAAACAGUUUCUCGUUUGCUUGGACAGAGCUGGGGUGGUCGGAGUCUGUACCUUAUCUUGAUGGGCCUCCGUCCCUGCUGGAGUUCUACUGGCAAUGGGUGAGUCCGAAUAAGCCUUGUAUAAUUCAGAACGCCAUCAGCCACUGGCCGGCUCUGAAGAAGUGGACCUCGGCAUACCUCAGCGAGGUAGUAGGUCCAAGGUAGUCAGUGUGGCAGUAACACCAAAUGGUUAUUCAGAUGCGGUGUUUCAGGACCGUUUUGUCAUGCUAGAGGAGCGCCAAAUGCCUUUCAUGGACUUUCUGGACAUUGUGGAGAAGAAAGUGACCUCUCCCAACGUAUUCUGUGUGCAGAAGCAGUGUUCAAACCUCACCAAAGAGUUCCCUGAGCUUGUCUGGGAUGUGCAGCCUGACAUACCAUGGAUGAGUGAGGCACUUAGGAAGAAGCCUGAUGCUGUGAAUUUCUGGCUUGGGGAAUCGGCUGCUGUGACAUCUUUACAUAAAGAUCAUUAUGAGAACUUGUACUGUGUGAUAUCUGGAGAGAAACAUUUUCUACUGCAUCCACCGAGUGACCGUCCCUUCAUCCCCUAUGAGCUCUACCAACCAGCCACCUACCAGGUAUCAGAAGAUGGCUCAUUUGAAAUUGUGGAUAAGAAGAGUGCAGAUAAGGUGCCCUGGAUCCCCCUGGACCCACUGAACCUGAGUCUGGAGUGGUAUCCAGAGUACGCUCAGGCAAAACCUUUGCAGUGUGCAGUGAAGGCUGGUGAGAUGUUAUACCUGCCUUCCCUCUGGUUCCAUCAUGUUCGGCAGUCGCAUGGCUGCAUAGCAGUGAACUAUUGGUAUGACAUGGAAUAUGACCCUAAGUACAGCUAUUAAUAACUACUGGGUGGUGUCUCAAAAGCCGUGGAAGUGUU